AUGUAAGUGAGGAACAGAGCAAAUUUCACCUCAUCACAUUUUUUUACCGGAACCUCGGGAUCCAAAUUUACUUGUGUUCUUGACUACACAAACCGAAAUCACUGUCGAGAUACUUAGGCCAAGCUAGCCUUCAUUCUCGACAAUGCCGUCUCUUGAAGGACUCACUGGGGGGCAGCCAACCCUGGACGCCAUAAAUAAUGCAACUGCCCAGGAGACCGAGGAACUCACCUUUCCGCCAGUCACGAAGGAGCAUAUUUUGAACUGUUCAUACGAUAGUUGGUUCCCGAAGUACCGAACUGUGUCGAUCAGAUCCAGGAUCAUCAAGCUAUCGCCUGAUUUUGUCCAAUACAUCCGUGACGACGGCAUCAUUCUCGCCGACGACGACGAGCCGCAAGAGGACGAAGCAGAGGAGGAAUGGUCCGCUUCAUCGAAUACAGCCGGCGCCCCACGACGAAACCAACAUCUCGAAGAAGAUGACUCCGACGACGAACCCGAAGCUGACUGCCGGCCGCCCAAUGAGCGAUUCCCUGAAAUCCACCAAGAGAUCAAGGAGAGGAUCAAGGAGCUGGGUGGUGCCGUCGCGCCGAAGCUGAACUGGUCAGCACCGAAAGAUGCCGCUUGGAUUUCACCGCAUCAGAACACGCUGAAAUGCACAACGCCCAACGACAUUUACCUUCUGCUCAAGAGCUCUAGCUUCGUUAGCCAUGACCUGGAGCACGCCUUUGAGGAUACCGUCCCUUCCUCCGCCAACAGGCCUUUCCAACCGGUCCUGGUCCUAAGACCCUUCUUUGCGCCAAACCCGGCCCUCGAGUUCCGGUGCUUCGUCAAACAUCGCACUCUGAUUGGUCUUUGCCAGCGUGACUGGAACUACUACCCCUUCCUUGAUGGCUUACGACCCGCGUUGGUAUCCAAGAUCACCGAUUUCUUCGAAGACCGCCUGCGUUUCACCUUCCCAGACGGCUCAUUCACAUUUGACGUCUACGUUCCCGGUGACAGCGAUUCACGCGACGAGCUUGGCAAGGUGCGCCUUAUCGAUAUCAACCCCUGGGCGCCUCGGACAGAUAGCCUGCUCUACAGCUGGGUGGAAUUGCUUGAGUUCAAGGUUCCAGGACCCAUCCUAGGCUCAGUUGUCAACGAAGAAGAGAUUAUUAGGAUAGGCCCAGGUGCCAACGAGGAAGAACUUGUUGAUGGCAGUGGCGUUGAAGAGACGACAGACGAUGAAGACGUUGACGAACUGGUGCCUGAGUUAAGGUUGGUCGAGAAGGAUAACCCUGCGGCCUUCAACUUCAGCACACCGCAGUACUCGGCGCACAAGCUUCCCAAGGAGGUCGUUGAGGCCAGCAUGUCGGGCGACGGUGGCUUAAGGGAGUUCGCCCAGAGGUGGAAGGAGAUGACAGAGGCUGAGGGUGGAGGCGAUGUCUGGGAGAACCCUCCCACAGCUGAGUCUUGAGGUUCAUCGCAACGAGAUGAAUGACUGGAGGAUCAUGGUUAGAAUGAUCCGGCCCGCGGUCAGGUCAAGAUUCAAAAGAGCCUUUUCAAACUGGAAGAUUUAUAAACGACCAGGAUAUGCUCUGCCCCUUGCGCAUGUCUCUUGCUUCCUGUCCCAAUCUAGUUGCUCGAAAGGUUCUUCCCUUACGUUCCAAGGGAUGUCUUGGC